UUAACAUCGUGUUGAUGAUAAUGAAUCGUGAUAAUCUUGUCUUGAAACUUAUGUUCCACGUUGUUGAUAAAUAAAAAAAUGAUAUUAAUAUGAGAUUAUAUAUAUAUGUAUAUAUUUCUUGAGAUGUAUGAUUGAAGCUAUUGAAAAAAAUGUAGUUUUUAAUUAAAAUCUUAUACACUUGUGUCAUAUGUUAAUAUUUAAUUGUAUAUACUUCACAUAAAUUUGUAAUUUAAUCGAAUAAAUAAGAGAAAUUGUUUCGAACAGAUAAAAAUAUGAUAUAUGAAUAAUUAAAGUGCCUUUAACUGAUAUUCAUAAAAUUUAUAUAACAUCUCUUAAUAUAGCUGAUAACAUGGCUGAUCCAACGAUACAAACAUUUUGUUGUCGCCAUACGAAUAAAACUGAUAUGGCUAUUAGAAUAAUGGAAGAAUUUAAUACAGAUAUUUAUAAUAUAGUAUGCAUGCUUUCUUCAACGAUGGGUAUACUUGGAGCUGUUUAUCAAGUAUUGCCUAGAGAAAUGUCUAAUCUCCCUCACCGAUGGAAUAGUUUCUCAGCAUCGAGGGGACGUGAGAUUAUUGUAUGGCUUGCUGUUGCUGACUUGUUUGCCUCAUUAGGUAUAUUCAUACGAUCUGCGUUAUGGAUCAACUUUAAAUCUAUCAUGCCGAUGGAAGAAGAUACUUCCAGUGUUGUAUUCUGUGCUCUUUCUUCGGCAUGGACGCAAUACUUUUACAUGGCAACAUGGAUUUGGACACUAUGUUAUACUAUCGAUAUGAAAUUGUUACUUAGUGAUAGACCUGGUCGUCCUAUUUGUUAUCACAUGUUUGCAUGGAUUUGUCCUGCCUUAUUGACAAUUUUCGGUUUGUCAAUAUUGUACAUUCCAGAUGCAAACUGUCAUAAUUUAACGUCAUUAUCCAUCGCUAUAUUACGUAUUUUACCUAAUUAUUGUGCUACAUACGUUUUACUCGCAAUCGUUAUGAUUAUAAAUCCACUUCUUUACGUUGCUUCAACUCGUGAUCUCAAAACAGCUGUUACGUGCAGUUUAUCACAAAUAACAGGACGAGAAAGAAAAUUGGUUCAAACGAUCAGACUUAAAUUUGCAUUGAUUAAUAUUGUUUAUUACAUAUGUUGGGUACCAAAUUUAAUCAAUGGUAUCUUAUUAUGGACGCUGUGGUUUAAAUUACCUGUUAAAGCUAUUAUUACUUUGUGGUACAUAAUGGCGGUGACAAAUCCACUUCAAGCAUUUUUCAAUGCACUGGUUUAUCAGAGAUGGGGCAGAAAAGAAAAAUUUCGAUUGGAGUGGUGUCAAAAAUUAGGAAGCUUUAGUUUAAGUCAAAUGUCGAAAGGUAAUAAAGAUAUUAAUUUAACGGAAUCGUCACCAUUGUUAAAUCAAUACGCUUAUACGCCUCAUACGAGUAUAAACGGGUCUUCCUCGUUAUGAAACAAAACUGUGGUACAAUUUUCAAUGCAAUGUACUGCUAGAAAUGUUGACUAGUUACGAUGGAAACAUCGUGUUGUACAUUUUUAUACACAGGACGUAUUACAAUAUCAAGAUUAAGAGUACUUGUACUUGUAUUUCAUUUUAAUCUUAUCGAACAAAUAUUAAAGACUAAUAUUAAUACUGCCAGAUAAUAAUUAUUAUUAAAUAUGAUAGAAUGCAUUUAUGCAUAUUAAAAUGAUUAAUUAAAGUUACAUAUAUAUAUACACGUUAUAUACUAUUUUAUAAAAGUAUAUAUACAUGCGUACUUUCAAAAAUAUUUUUCAAAUUAAAUCGAAGAGAAGAGUUUUAAAAUUCAAAUAUUGUGGAGCGGGGUUUCUCAAAUUCUUCCACUUGGCGACUUUGAUUUUAAAUGAAUUGAUAUAAAAUACAUUUUUAUAACUACAACACAAAUACCCCUAUUUAAAACAAAUACAAUUAAAUAAAUGUAAUAAAUACAAGGAGAUUUAUUUUAUACAUCUAAGAGUAUAUAUAGUUUUCACAUAUAUACAAUGUUAUGCAUAUAAUUAGUACAUUUUUUUUUGUACAUCUAAUAGAUUUAUAUUUUAUAUUUAUUAUUGAACGUAAAAUCGUAAAAUUUAAAUGCAUACAAAUAAAAAAAAACUACUUAUAUGUUACUACGUUAGAUUAUUUAAAAGUAAAUUAAAUUAAUAUAUUUAGAAAGAGGAGAUUCUAAGAUUGUUAUAAUUUAUUACAUUUGAUUUCAAAACUUUGUAUACACGCUUCAAUAUUAAUAUGUCAUUUACGAGUAUGCUUCCGUUGUACGGAUCAGUUACAAUGUGAAAAUAAAUUUUAUCACGAAGUAAAUAAAGGGGAUGAAAUAUUACAAUAUAA